UGAAAGACGAACACCGCCUCUGUCGCCUGAACAAGGUUUAUUGGAUUCUCUACUCUUGUAUGCAUUUCGGCAGGGAGAUUGUUUACUGAUAAACUGUAUUCACCGAAAGACCGGACAGCUACACAUUUAAAGGCAAAGUUUAUCCUGAUGAUGCAGUUCAGCUUGAUUUUAACAUCUUUUCUAUGUGUCACAACAUGGAUGAACAUGGUCCGAGCAACCGAAUGUCCUUGUACCAUGGUCUCCAAGAUGAGAGUACAUCUUUCUAAAAUUAAGGAAUACCGCUUUCAGGAGGAAGGCAAAUGUGUCUUUAGUGCAAUUGUGUUUCAGACAGUGAGCAGAAAGACCAUUUGCUCCAACCUCAAAGAUGAAUGGGCAAACCGUAUAAUUCUGCAGCUGCAGAAAAGACAAAAUCAAAAACUAUCGAAAAACCCAUCAUCAGCAUCAGAAUCACCAACAGCCCCAGUAUCAGCACAAGAAUCAGAACAAACAGAAACACCAACAUUAGCACCAGAAUCAGAGCUACCAUCUGCACCAGCAUUAAUACAGUCAACACCAGUAACAUCAUCAGGAUCAGAACAAACAACAGCACCAAGAUCAGAGCUACCAUCUAGAACAGCAACAGUACCAUCAAUGUCACCAGGAUCAGAACAAACAACAGCACCAGCAUCAGCACUGGAAUCAGAACCACCAUCAAUUACAGCAACGUCACCAGCAUCUGAACCACCAUCAAGACCAGCAACUUCAUCAGGAUCAGAACCAGCAACAGUGCCAUCAACACCAUCAAUAGGACUGGGAUCAGCACCACCAUCCACACCAUCAGCAGCAGCACCAUCAGGCCCAGCAUCACUGUCAGGAUCAGAACCAACAUCGGAACUAACAUCAGCACCAUCAACCAAAACUUCAACCUCUUCAAAAGCAGCACCAUCAUCAACAACUAUAAAUCCAAUAUCUGGAAAAGUCUCUCUAAAUCCAACAUCAGCACCAAACUCCACGUCUAGUCCCUCUGGUUCCAGAUCAGCACUUCACCAUAUUCUAGCAACGUCCUCGACAACAAGAAGAGCAUCAACGCAAAGACGUUUAACACUAAGGAAAUGACAAAAAAAGAAAAUGAAGAACUGAAAAUGAGAAGAUAUGCAUAGAAAUCUAGGUGGCCGCUGUCAGCAAAGUUACUUCAAAGAUGGCAUAUGGCAUGCAAUAUGAACACAUCAUGAACACAUCAAAUAAAUUCAGAAUGAAGGGUUGCAAUAUAUGUAUGUUUGAUAUUUGUAUUUCUUUGUUUUGUGCUUGUAAUUUUUAUUCCUCAUUUAUUCAACGCCCAAAGAUUAUCUUGUAACUCCUCCUGUGGCUCAAAGCUUUGAUAGAUCAACUAAGUAAUUGUAAAGUUCUGCUUUAUAUCUGGAGUGUGUGCAUGUAAAGAUGAAUGACUAUUUAUCAUUUGUGUGUAAUGCAAAGAAACUAUAAGUAUCCUCAAUUAAAAU